AUGCAGCUCUUCAGCCAUACAGGCCUGUUGGGCCACUCCGUGCAAGGAGGCGCACUAGAAGCUCUCGUCUGCGCAACUGCAGCAUGUGGAUUCUUGCUGUUCGGGUAUGAUCAGGGCAUCAUGUCCGGCAUCAUUACCGAAGACAACUUCCUCACCUACUUCCCGAAGAUGGCACCCCACAACAAGAGCGGCGCAAUUCAAGCGCUGGUCGUCGCUAUCUACGAGAUCGGCUGUCUCAUAGGCUCAAUAUUCAUCAUCUUCUACGGCGAUAGAAUGGGACGGCGACGUGCUGUGUUGCUGGGUGUCGCUAUCAUGUUGAUCGGGACCGUACUUCAAGCCUCCAGCUUUGAGAUUGGACAGUUGAUCGUAGGACGUAUUGUAACAGGCGUCGGAAAUGGAAUGAAUACGUCUAGUAUCCCGGUCUGGCAGUCCGAGAUGGCGCCUCCCAAGAUCCGUGGCUUCUUGGUAUUGUUUGAGGGAGCAUUGAUAGCUGGUGGAAUUAUGAUCUCCUACUGGCUCAACUACGGAUUCUUCUUCGUCACCCAAUACGGCUCCUUCCAAUGGCGAUUCCCUCUCGCUUUUCAAGCUGUUUUUGCGAUCAUUCUCUUUUUAGGCGUCGUUGCUCUCCCCGAGUCGCCCAGAUGGCUUCUCAAGCACGACAAAGACAAAGUCGCUCUGGAGAUCCUCACUCGCCUAAAGAGAUGCCCUGCCGAGGACCCGAUCAUCCAAGAGGAGGUUGCACAUAUCAAGAAGAUCAAGGAGAUCACUGAUGGCAAGAAACUGACCCUGAAGGAGUUCUAUGGCAAUGGGCCGGAGAUGAACAGAUGGAGAGUGACUAUUGGAUACACAAGCCAGUUUUUCCAGCAGAUUGGCGGAACGAACCUGGUCACGUACUAUGCAACAACCGUUUUCGAAGACUCCCUCGGGUUCAGUCCCGCGCUUUCCCGCCUCCUAACUGCAUGUUACGGGACGCUCUAUCUCAUCGCCGCGAUCGCCGCUCUCUUCAUCGUCGACCGCUACGGACGCCGUAGGAUGUUAAUCGUUGGCUCAGUCGGCAUGGGUACCAGUGCUAUGGUCAUUGGCACCUGUCUCUCUCAAUCGACCGAAACCUACAAAGCCCCGGCCUACGUCGCCACAGUCUUUAUCUUCAUCUUCAUCGCCUUCUUCGCCCUCGGCUGGCUCGGCAUCACCUGGCUGUACCCCGCCGAGGUCACGCCCAUCCGCAUCCGCGCCGAGGCCAACGGCCUCUCCACCUCCUUCAACUGGCUCGGUAACUACGCCGUGGUGCAGCUCGCGCCCAUCAUGAUCUACUCCAUCUCGUGGAAGACGUACUUUGUGUUCAUGUGCACCAACUUCGCCUUCAUACCCGUCAUCUACUUGACCUUUGUGGAGACGAAGGGGUAUCCCCUGGAGCAGCUGGAUGCCAUCUUUGAGGAGGCGAAGAAGAAGGGGGAAAAUCCCGUCUGGACGGAGAAGAGGGUGAGGAGGGAGAGGAAGGCGAGAGAGUUGGCUGAGAAGAAUGGUGAGCUGAUGCUGGAGGAGGAGAAGGAGAGUCAGCCGACUUCGAUUGUGGGGAAGGAGGGAGGUGACGAGAAUGCUUGA